AUGUCUAAUAAUAAAAAUUCAGCAAAUAACAAUACUUAUAACUCAAAUUCAAAUAUAAAUAACGAAUAUGAUGCCAUAAAUUGUGAAUUUUAUGAAAAUGAACUGGAAGAGGUAGAAAAAAAAUUAGAAAGUUUUAAUAAUUUAGAAAACUAUAAAGAAAUAUCAAGUGAAGAUUUCAAGAACAUUUUAAACAAUGAUUCCUAUUAUAAAAAUAUUAUUAACGAGAAUGAUUACAAUUCACCUGUGGAUUAUAAAAAUGAUAUUGAUGAAAAGAUAUUAAAUUAUGAAAUAGAAGAGAAAAACUUUUUAAUCCCAAAAGGAGACAAUGAAAAAAAAGAAUCAGAAUCAAGAUAUUCCAAAAUUAGUAUAUUAAAUGAUGAUUAUUUAUUAAGAGAUGAUAUAGAUUUAGAUGAAUUAGAUGACAAAUUAAGAAAAAAAAGAGACAGUUUAUUGUCAAUUCGUAAUUUAAGAAAUUCUUCUAUUUUUAAUUUAAGUGUUACAGAUGAGAAUAUAAGAAAUUCUUUACAUAAUUAUGACUAUUAUAAUAAUGAUAAGUUAAAUAUAUCUUUAUCAAAAACAGAUAAUGCAUAUGAUAGUGAUUUAAUAACUCCAUCCCCUUCUAAAGGAAAAAGUAAAUUGAACGAUGAAAAUUAUGAAAUAAAUGUAAAGUUGAAUAAUAUAAAUGAAGAAGAACAACAACAAAAAAGAAAGGGAUCUAUUGAUUUAUUGGAUGAAGAAUUAGAUAAUUUAAAAAAGAAAUAUUUGUUAAAUGAUGAUUACAAUAAUAAUAAUGAACUCAUGUUAGAUAUGUACGCAAGUGAUUCAGAAUUUUUAAAAAGAAGUAACGUAAAUAAAAAGAUUAGUAUAAAUAAGAAUUAUGGAAAUGAUGAUUCCUUAAAUAAUAGUAAAAGAAAUUCUAAUAAUAGUUUUUCCUUGUGGGAGAGUAAAAUAAAUUCAACAAGAAAAAUAAAAAUAAAUAAUGAAACACCAAAAAAAGGUAUACUGAAGCAAAGUAAUUCUCUAUCUCCAAUUAAAAAUGUAAAUGAAAAUAUGAGCAAUAGAAAAAAAUCAGUUCAAUUUUCACAUAGAUCUGUUGCUGUUUUUGAUGAAAAAGAAAAAAUUUCUCCUUUGCAUUUAACGCAAUUUACUAGAAUAUCUAGUGAUUCCAAUAAAUCGGAGUUAAAAAAAAAAUGUCAAUCAAAUAUCUCUAAUGCUAGUAAAGAUUCUUUUUCUCAUAAUGAUUCUAUAAAAAAUAUAGAAAAUUCACCUAUUGACAAACUUUUAUAUAAAUCUAACAAUAAUGACAAGAGGGUAUCAUCAGAAUCAGUGAGAUUUCAAAGAAAAAAAUCUGUUGAUAAUAUUGAAUCUGCUCGUUUAUCACCAAUUAAAAAUGGGUUAGAAGAAAAAGAUUAUAACUUAAAUCAUGAUAAUGAUUUGGAUAAGUUAUUAAGUACUGAAAUUGACAACCUUAAUGAAGAUUAUAUAAAAAAUAGUAUAGAUAAUGAACCUAAUGAACUAAGUAAUUUUGAUUAUGUUAGCAAUAAAGAAACAAAUAAACUAGUAAAUGAUAAUUUUGAAAAUGUAGAAAAUAAUGAGCAUUCUAAAAAAGAAUUAUCAUUUAAGACAAAUUAUGAAAAUGCAUUUUUAGAGAAAAGAACUUCAACUAAUAAAAACAAAAAUUUUAGUAGUAAUGUAGAUCAUAAUGAACGUAAAAGUUUGAAUUCAACAAGAAAUAUUACAUUAUCUCAUGUAGAUAUAAAUGAAUUGAAUAAUUAUGAAAAUGAACAAAGUAAUAAGAAAAAUUGUUUAGAUUUAUAUAAAAAUGAGAAAAAACAAACAAAUUAUGAUGAAGAAAUAAAUCAAAAUGAGGAAAUUAAAAACAGUUUAAUAGACAAUUCUAAUAAACUUAGAAAUAAUGAUAUAUUAUUAGAUGAUAGAAAAAUAUCAUGUAGAAAAUCGAAUGCAGAUUCUGAAGAGGAAUUGAAAUAUAGAAAUUCUAACUUUAAAUCUAAUAAAAAUACAAAAGUUUCGUAUAAUGAAUUUCGAAAUGAACAAUGUCAUGUUGGCAUUGAGGGAAAUUUAGAUGAUAACAAAAGUAAUAAUAAUAAUAAUGAUAACGGAAGUAUUACAAAAGAUAAAAAUUUAAAUAAUAAAGGUAAUGUAAGUAAUUUAAAAAAUUUCUCUUAUAAUAAAAGCCGAUUAGAUAGGAAAACAAUAAAUUUUAUUGAUUAUAAUAAUAAGAAUAAUACAAAAUUAAAUCCAAAGGAUAUAAAAAGUAAAAUUGCAAAUAGGAGAGCGAGUUAUAGUGUCACUGUGAGAAAUAACAUACAAAAUAAUUCUAAAGGCACAGAUUCUACCAUUGGAAAUUCAAAAAAUAAAAAAUUAUUAAAUGAAAAAAAGGAAUUAUGUUACCAAAGUAACUCAAGAGAAAAAUGUAAGGUUGACUUUAGAAAUAGAUCAAGUGUUCAAAUAUCUUUAAAAACAUCAAAUAAUAUUACGUCUAAAAAUGAAGCAAAUGAAGAAAAAAAAGUUGAUUAUAUGGAUGAAGAUAUAAAUUAUGAAAUAAAUAAAAUUUCCUAUGAAAAUGAAAUAGAAAAUGUGCAACUAGAAGAUGAGCAAAAUAAAAUAAUUAACAGUGAAGAAUACGUUGUAGAUAAUCAUGGAGAAAAAAGGAUAUCUAAUAAAUUGAUUCAAAAUAAUGAUGAAAUUUUAAAUAAAAAAGAAAUAUUUAAUAAACAGGAUGAUGAUUAUUACAUAAUAUCAGAAAAUGAAAAUAAAAAUACGAAAAGGAAAGUUUAUGAUGGUGAAAUGAUUUCAAGUAAUUUAGAUAAUGAUAAGUAUAAAAUUGUGAAAGAUGAGGAAAAUAUAUAUGAACAGGAAAAGUAUGAACAGGAAAAUUAUGAGCAGGAAAAUUAUGAACAAGAAAACUAUGAACAGGAAAAUUAUGAACAGGAAAAUUAUGAACAGGAAAAUUAUGAACAGGAAAAGUAUGAACAGGAAAAUUAUGAACAGGAAAACUAUGAACAAGAAAAUUAUGAGAAAGAGAAUUAUGAACAAGAAAACUACGAGAAAGAGAAUUAUGAACAAGAAAACUACGAGAAAGAAAAUUAUGAACAAGAAAACUACGAAAAAGAAAAUUAUGAACAAGAGAAUUACGAAAAAGAGAAUUAUGAACAAGAAAACUAUGAGAAAGAUAAUUAUGAACAAGAAAACUAUGAGAAAGAUAAUUAUGAACAAGAAAACUAUGAGAAAGAGAAUUAUGAACAAGAAAAUUACGAGAAAGAGAACUAUGAAGAAGAAAAUUACAAGAAGGAGAAUUAUGAACAAGAAAAUUACGAGAAAGAAAUUUAUAAACAAGAAUGUUAUGAACAGGAAAAUUAUGAAAAUAAGAAUGAAAGAAAUUUAAAUAGAAAAGACAAUAAAGAACUUUAUCAAAUUAAUUUUAAAAGCAGAAAAACCUAUCUUGAUCAACAUAUAAAUUCUCAAAUAUUAAAUGACGAUGUUGGAUAUUAUGAUAAAAUGAAUCGAAGUGUAAAUGAAGAAAAUCAUAAUGAAUUUGUCUAUGAAAACAAAAAUUACGGAGAUUAUACAUUAAAUGAAGAUGAAAUAAAUAGAUUAAGAGAACAAAACGAUGAAAAUAACUUUAAUUUAUAUUAUGACGUUCCUGAAGAAAAGGUCUACAUAUAUGAACAAAAUGAGGGAAUAAAUUCAAAUGAAGAAAUUACAAAUAAUAAAGAUCACAAUUAUAUAGAAUGCUCAAGAAAUGAGAAAAGUGAUUAUAUAGAAAUUGAUGAAGGAGAAGGUCAUAUAUAUGAAAACAAAGAAAAACGAAAAAGUAAGAAUGCCCUUGAAAAUAAAGAGCAUAACAUUGAUGAAGAUGAAGAACAAGGAGAAAUAGAAGAAAAGGAAAAAGAAGGAAACGAAGAAAUAGAAAUAGAAAAUAAUCAGGAUAAUAAAGAAGAAAGAGAUGAUAAAAAAGAAAGAAAAAAAAUCGAGCAAACUAAUGAAGAAUAUAAAAAUUAUAAUAUAAUUGUCGAAAAUCCAUCUAUAUACAUACAGAAUAAUAAAUUAAAUAACGUAUUAUCACAUGAAGAAAAUGAAAAUAAAGAAAUGAAAAAUAAAAAAGAUGAAGAAAAUAUGAAAUUAAAAGAAAGAUUAAAUGAAAAUUUAAUAAAAAAACAACAAACAAUUAAAGCAAUAACUUUAAAAGUUAUAAGAAGAUGUAGAAUUUAUUCCUUAAAGCAAAUAAAUAAUGAAAACAAAAAUAUGAAUAAUUUAAUUAAAUUAUAUGAAAAUAUUCGUAAUAUGAUAUUUAAAUUUAUCAAUAAAAUUAAUAAUUUAAACAAUGUAAGUAUAAAAUUAGAUGAUGCUAUAUUAAAAUAUGAAGUAACUCAAUUAAAUUAUAGUAAAACAAAAAAAGCAAUUGAAACAUUAAAAAAGUAUAAUUUAAAAAUUGAGAAUAAAAUUAAUGAAAAAAAAAUGUUGUUAGAAAAACAAAAUAUUGUAUUAAAUAAAAAAAAAAAAAAAAUCGAGUUAUUAACAAAAGAAUUAAAUAAUUUAAAAAAUAUGUAUGAUAAUGGAUCUGUAAGAAAACAAGAAAUAAAUUUAAUAAAAAUUUAUAAAGAGAAAAUUGAGGAAUUAAAAAAUAUAGAGAUAAUAAAAGGGUUUUUAAUAAAAAAUAUUAAUAAAUAUGGAAUUAAUUUUGAAUUAUUAAAUUUCAACUAUUACAACUUUUCUACCUUAUAUAAUUAUAAAAACGUGGAUAUAUUUUUUUCAAAAGAAGAUAAUAUAAGUGAAAAUAAUAAUAUAAUUAAUAAUAUAGAAGAUGUAGAUAAGAAAAAAGAAAACUACAAUUCUAAUGAAGUCAAUAUGUUAAUAGAAAAAAAUGAUUUUAAUAAAAAAGGGAAUCUUUUAAAAGAAAUAAGCAAUUUAUAUAGUAAUGAUGAAAUUUGUGAUAAGGAGAAAAGAACCAUUUUAAUAAAAAAUAAUAUGUUAUCUUUAAAUGAUGACGAUAAUUUAAAAAUAUAUGAUAUAAAUGAAUUAUAUAAAAAAGAAUAUAAGUCAAAAAUUCUUCAUAGAAGAAUUAAAAGAAAAACAUUUCUUAAAAAUCAAGUAUCAGAAGAGGAUUUAAAUUGCGAAUGGCCAUAUAAUAUAACAGUAGAUAUCAUAUUCUCCAAUAUGCAUAAACCAAAACAAGAAAUGGAUAAUUUUAAUAUUUCUUCUCCUUUGAAAAUUAAAAAUAUGAAACAUUUAAUAGCCAACAAAAUGCAUAUAUUAAAUAGUGAAAAUGAAGAUAAAAAAUAUUUGAGUUUAUUCAGACCAUAUAAGUUACUAAUUGAUUCUUUUAAAAAUUUUAAAGAUAUUAAAAUAUCAACAUAUUAUAAAUAUAUAAAUAAUGAGAAUAUGUAUUAUCAUAUAUGGAAUAAAAAUUAUGAUAAGGAUAAAUAUAUAUUUCAAAUUAGUAAUGUUAAUUUAAAUAAUAAAAAUAAAAAAAGGAAAACUACAAAUUUAUUAAUUAAAAAUAUUGAAAGCUAUUCCUAUUAUUGUCAUGAUAAUUAUUUAGGUGUAGAAUGGAAAUUACAAUUAGAAAUAGUUAAAUAUAAAUUAUUAGAAGUAAUAAAUAAAAAAUUACAAAAAUAUACAAGUAAAGAAGGAAAAAAUGCUAAUAAUAAUAAUAAUAAUAAUAACAAUAACAAUAAUAAUAAUAAUAAUAAUAAUAAUAAUAUUAAUAAUAAAAAUGAUGUAAGUACUUCAAAACCUAAUAAAGAAGCAUUGAAAUAUUUAAUUGAAGAAGUGGAAUAUUCUUUUUUUGUUCUAAAUCAUAUUUUGUAUCAAUAUAAACAAUUAUUAAAAUGCUUUUUAUAUUUAUCUAAUACAUAUUUUGAUUAUUAUCAAAAUAUAGUUAUAUUUAAAACUAUUAUUUUAUCAAAUCAAAUUAGCAAUCAUUCCUUUUGGCUUUACUUAUAUAUAAAUUUAGAAGAAUCUUUUACAUUUGCCUCUUUACUUCAUGGUAUCGUGGAUAUAAAAAUAGAAAGUGUUGAUGAAGAGGAUAAAUAUAAUGAAGAUUGUAAAUCUAUAAAUAAUAAUAUCAUGAAAAAGUUGCAAGAGUGCAUAUUUACUCUUAAAUCAAAGCCUUUAGAAAUUUCAGAAAGAAUUAAUUCACUUAACAUAGUUGAUGUCAUGUAUGCUAUUUUCAUUAAUGAAAAUUAUAACUUUAAUAGCUAUCAGAAUAAUGUGGAAGAAAAUUUAAAAAAAUUAAAAUUAUGUGAAAAUUUUAUAAAUGAAAUAAUAGAUAAAAAAAUUGUUGUCCCUAUAGAAAUAAAAAACAGCAUUAAUAAAUUUGGAGACGAUCAAAAUUUAAAAAUUUUUUAA